AUGUCUGCAGAACAAGAAAAGCAUCAGGUCUUGCCAACCCAAGACGUCACUAUCGAUGCCAACGGAGCUGAAAAACCUCCAAUCGAAGUUAUCAAUGACGGCUUUGAAGAAGAAUCUUCUUCUGAUGAUUCUGACUUCAGGUCCAUCUCCAUUGUCACCAAGCUUAAGUCGAGAUUCCCACAGUGGAGACUUGCAUUCCAUGUGUUUUGGGGAUGUUUCUUCACUUCUUGGUGGAUGUCCAUCAUUAUCCAGAAGAAGCACAGAAGUAAAUGGUUGAUUCCAACUAUUUUUUGGAUGAUGAUGAUGGUUAGAUUAAUCACUUUCCACUCUAGAAUCUUGUACGUUUUGUUCGGUUACGUUACUACCGCGUGGAACUAUUGUGUAGACAUCUUAUACACCAAAUUGAUUCCAAACAGAACUCACAGAAUAUUAGCCGCUGCAGCUUUGACUGUCGCUGUUAUUCUUGUUGGUACUUUCGUUCCCUCGGAAACUGAAUACUCCAAGCGUGAGGACCGUGCUGUAUCAUUCUUUGGAUUGGUCGUCUGUAUCGCUGGGUUAUAUGCUACCCUGAAAAAUAGAUCAAAGAUCCAAUGGAGAACUGUUAUCGGCGGUACCUUGAUGCAGUUUAUUAUUGCCUUGUUCGUCUUGAGAACCAAGUGUGGGUAUGAUGUUUUCAACUUCAUUUCUACCUUAGCUAGAGAAUUGUUAGGAUUCGCCAAGGACGGUGUAGCCUUCUUAACUAGUACGGAAGUAUCUCAAUAUGGUAUGUUCUUCUUUACAGUGUUACCAGCAGUUGCGUUCUUCGUUGCAUUUAUCCACAUUUUGUACUAUUUCAACAUUAUGCAAUGGUGUAUUAGAAAAGUUGCAAACCUCUUCUUCUGGGCCUUGAAAGUUACUGGUGCCGAAGCAGUUACUGCUUCAGGCUCUCCAUUCUUGGGUAUUGGUGAAUCGUCUGUUUUGGUCAAGGACUUUAUGCCUUUCUUAACCAAAGCCGAGAUCCAUCAAGUCAUGACCUCUGGAUUCUCUACCAUCUCAGGUUCAGUCUUGGUUGGUUACAUUGGAUUGGGUUUAAAUCCACAAGUUAUGGUUUCAUCGUGCGUGAUGUCUAUUCCAGCAUCAUUGGCCAUUUCUAAGAUGAGAUACCCAGAGACUGAAAUUCCUGUCACUAGUGCAAGAGUCGAUGUCUGCGAGAACUUUGAUGAAAAGGAAGGUAAGCCAAAGAACGUCUUACAAGCCUUUUCUAAUGGUGCCACCUUAGGUUUAAGAAUUGCUGGGUUAAUGAUGAUUCAAUGUAUGUGUAUCAUUGCCCUUGUUGCUCUUAUUAAUGGUAUAUUGACCUGGUUUGGUAACUUCUGGAAUAUCCCAUCGUUGACCUUGGAGUUAAUGGGUUCUUACCUUUUAUACCCUGUCACUUUCUUGUUAGGAACCCCAAGAAGUGAAAUAUUGCCAGUCUCUAAGUUAAUUGCCAUCAAGGUCAUCCAAAACGAAUACAAUGCCUACUCUAUCAUGCUUAGUGACGAGCCAUAUAAAUCCAUGUCUAAGAGAGCCAUAAUCAUUGCCACAUACGCUUUGUGUGGAUUCUCCAACUUGGGUUCUAUGGGUAUUCAAAUCGGUGUUUUGGGAGCUUUGGCUCCAAAGAAGGUUAAGGACAUUGCCCAGGUGAUCAUCUCUGCAUUGAUUUCUGGUUUGUUGGCCACCUUAACAUCCACCGCUAUUGCCGGUAUGGUUAUGCAUGAUUUGACUGGAUUCGACGUCUAA